AUGAGACGAGCCGGCGUCGAGCCAAACCACAUCACAUUCGUUACGAUUUUCUCCGGCUGUGCUCAUUUUCCGGCCAAGGGUGUGUUGUUUGGGCCUCCGCUUCACGCUUACGCCUGGAAACUCGGCUUGGAUACAAAUACUGUGAUGGUGGGCACGGCGGUGAUUGAUAUGUAUGCAAAGUGUGGUGGGGUGGAUUUUUCUAGACUGGUCUUUGAUGGGCUGGAUAUGAAGAAUUCAAUGUCUUGGAAUACGAUGAUGGAUGGGUAUAUGAAAAAUGGCAAGGUUGAUAAUGCGGUCGAGCUGUUUGAACAAAUGCCACCCAGAGGUGCGGUUUCUUGGAUGGUUUUGAUUGGUGGGUUUGUCAAGAAAGGCCAGUUCGAGCAAGCAUUGGAGUGGUUUCGUGAGAUGCAGCUCUCGGGUGUGGAACCGGGCUAUGUGACCAUAAUUGCUGUAAUUGCUGCCUGUGCUGAUUUGGGAACGCUUGGAUUAGGCUUGUGGAUAAACCGGUUUCUUGUGAAGCAAUAUUUUAGAGACAACAUUAGGAUAAGUAACUCGCUGAUCGAUAUGUAUUCUUGA